GAAUGCUUCUGGGAGUCCUGUAGCGUAACAAAGCUGGAUUAGAUCCUCCCGUCUUCAAUGUGUAUGGUUAUAUUUGCGCCGCUCUUUGCCAUUUUUGCAUUUGCAACAUGUGGAGGCUACUCUGGGCAGCUGCGGGUUAGUGUGGACUGCAUGGAGAAGGCCAGAAGCAACCUCAGCAUCGGCAUUGACUUUGCUUAUCCCUUCAGGUUGUACCAGGUGUCCUUUGAAGCGCCUGCGUGUGAGGGUAUCAGGAAUGAACGUGUGUUCCUCAUUGGAGACUAUUCAUCCUCUGCAGAGUUCUUCGUCACCAUUGCGGUCUUUGCCUUCUUGUAUUCCCUCAUGGCCACCAUUGUCUACAUCUUCUUUCAGAACAAGUACCGUGAAAACAACCGAGGACCACUCAUUGACUUUGUAGUGACAGUGGUGUUCUCCUUCAUGUGGCUGGUCAGUUCCUCUGCUUGGGCCAAGGCUCUCUCUGAUGUGAAAGUGGCCACUGAUCCAGAUGAAGUUCAGCUCCUCAUUUCUGCCUGCAAAGUCCAGACCAACAAAUGUGGCUCUGUGCAUGGACCACGCUGGUCCGGACUCAACACCUCAGUGGCUUUUGGGUUUCUCAACUUUGUUCUAUGGGCUGGGAACAUCUGGUUUGUAUUUAAGGAGACCGGUUGGCACAAGGGUGCUGCAAGGUUAGCAGGUGGGGCAUCUGAGAAACAGUCUGGCACCUUUAACCAACAGCCUUACAACCAGGGAAGCUUUGACCAGUCGGGCAGCUACAACACCCAGGGAAACCUCGGUCCUCCGUCUGAGUACAGCCAGGUGGGAGGACCCACCUCCUACUCCAAUCAAAUGUAGCUGUGCCUUUUCGACUGACGAGGGCACUUCUGCAUUUUAAACCAGAGC